AACGUAGCAGCACCAUCGCCAAUGUAUACAUGCAGUUGUCUGCGCCAAACAUCUCGCCGAAAGGUCCCGAAAAAUACGGUGAUUUCCGUGCUGUUUUCCUGUGAAUUACGUGACGAAGUAGUCCUUCGUGUUCCCGGCACUCCCUCGUAGACUCCCAUUCGAAAAUCCUUGCACUUUGCCUUAUUUUUCGUUCGCCGUUUGAAAGUGAAAGAAGAGGAAAAAAGGAAAAAGCAAAAAAGAGCGCGGAAAGUGAACCGAUGGGCUUCGAUGAGAAGAGGACGGGAACCAUGGGAAAACACGGGUCUUCGAAUGGGAUUGGAAAAGGACAGAGACAGGAGAUGUAAUGGACACCGAUGGCCGCGACGCUCUGGUGACCCAGUGGACACUUUGCCAGUGAGCAGCGAAACGUACACAAACGAGGAUAGACGUCAGGGAGAUCGAGCGGAGGCUGCGACUGCAUCUGGAGCAGGCCGACAGGUGGAUAGAGGAGCCAGUGUCAAGAGGAGGAGGUCCUGGUGGUGGUAACAGGAACUACGAGGAGGAUCGAGCGAUCGAGGGAAGAUCUCAGGGCGACCACCUCGCGGGAAGAAGGAUGACGCAACAGAGUGGUGCUGGGUCGCCCCAGCAAUUUUGUCUGCGCUGGAACAAUUACCAGACCAACCUGACCAACGUGUUCGACCAGCUACUCCAGAGCGAGAGCUUCGUUGACGUGACCCUCGCCUGCGACGGCCACUCGGUCAAAGCCCACAAGAUGGUCCUCUCGGCGUGCAGCCCCUACUUCCAGGCACUCUUCUUCGAGAAUCCCUGCCAGCAUCCCAUCGUCAUAAUGAAGGACAUCAAGUGGCCGGAACUGAAGGCUGCCGUCGAGUUCAUGUACAAGGGAGAGAUAAACGUCUCCCAGGAACAGAUUGGACCACUUCUCAAGGUCGCCGAGAGCCUGAAGAUCCGCGGCCUGGCCGACGUCAACAACGAGCAGGAGCUGACGUCGAGGCCGAGCCUGGAAGACGGUUCCGGUGGAAGCGGCGCGUCAGGUGGACUCUCUCGGAAGAAGCGGCGUCGAAUUUCCGGAGAACGCUCGCCAACCGGAAACAGUCCGGAUCGUACCUUACCCGGCGAAGAUCAGGAUCUAGGGAGCAUGGGACCAGAGGCCCACGGAUUGGGACCCUCCUCGACGCCGCGUUCCCUUGGGUCACCCAGCACGCCCAGCAUCUCCGUCACACCGCAGAUCAAUCUCCAGGACCUUCCGGUCUCGCUAUCCCUGCCACCACCGUCACUCCCACCGUCGACCAAUCAGAGUUCGCACCCCGUUGCUCACCACGUGCCUGCCCACGUGACUUCCGCUUCGCACGCGUCCAUCAAUCCUCUCGGCCCUCACGGGCCGUCACAGCUGCCCGUCCAGCAGCAGCAGCACCAGCAGCAACAACAACAGCAGCAGCAGCAGCAGCAGCAGCAACAGCAACAUCUUCAACAAUCAUCUGUGAACCCGACAGCACCCGGAGAUGACCUGGAGAUCAAACCCGGCAUCGCCGAGAUGAUUCGCGAGGAGGAAAGGGUAAGUCCAUUCACUGUAUUAAUCUUUCAGAUACUCGUACAAUUCCUAUAACGAAAAGUCACCAGA